UUUGCGCUGCCGUCUCAAUUACUGCUAAUGAUUGACGACUUCUCUUCCUCUCUCAUACACUGGGCUUAUUUCUUUCUUUGACUGCACUUUGCGACCUCUUCUACUGUCGCGCGUUGGGUAGUGUCGCGUAUCUUCGAGCGAGUCUUAUCUACGUUAGAGCCGAGGCCGACGUCACCGCCCAUUCGAACCGAACUUGCGGCGUCAUGCUGCCCUACCGACCACCUCAGAUCGACCAACCCUCACUACCACCGCACUGCGAGCCCGCCGACGAGUUUCUCCAAGCCCUAUCCAUAACCUUCCACACCUGCAUACCAUCCUACCUCGCCCUCAUAUCGACCCUCCUCGGCACAUGCAGUAUCAUAUCAUGGCUGUUUGCACAGCUGCCCCAGAUAUACAAGAACCACAAGCUCAAGUCGACUUCCGGGCUUAGCGUAUACUUCCUCACGGAGUGGCUGCUGGGCGAUCUGACCAACCUCCUAGGUUGUCUGUUUACGGGACAAGCGACUUGGCAGAUCGUCAUUGCUGGGUAUUACGUACUUGUAGACUGUGGACUGACGGGGCAGUGGGUUUGGUACGAGCUCCUGCACCAUGGAAGACCUCUGCGACCAAUCUGGGGACGCUGGAAGAGCGGAGAGAACGAUAACGGAAACGGAAGUAGUGGCAUGCAGCAAGUCUCGAAGGGGAAGACGCCAGAACCAACAGACACGAAGUCAGAUAAGAAAGACAUGGAAGUCCAGCACUCAGCCCCGCUCGACGCAUUCCGAAUCCCCAACUUUGCGCGCUCAACCAGCGGCGUCAAGGAGUCAUACCCAGUAUCCCCCAUGGGAGGCCCUCAAUUGCUAGAAGCCCCAGGAACGCCAACAAACCGCAACAUCCCGCGCGUAGCAGCCUCGUCCUCCCCUUUUCCCUCGCCCAAAACCGUGCUCUACAUCAGCAUGAUCUUCGCCGUCCUCUCGCAUGGCACAGUCGCACAUCCCACCAGCCCGUCUCCUAUCUCCACGCUCUCCGCAUCUGGCGACACAGGAAUGACAACGCGAGAGUUGCUGGGCAAGUUCUUCUCCUGGUCAAGCACAUUUCUCUACCUCGGCAGCCGACUCCCACAGCUCUACAAGAACCAAGUCCGCCGCAGCACCGCCGGCCUAUCUCCCUCGCUCUUCGCAGCAGCGUUCUUCGGGAACCUGUUCUACAGCACCUCGCUCCUGACCAACCCUUCAGCGUGGCAGGACUUCCCACCGCACAGCGGAUGGACCGAAGAAGGCACCAAGCGCACAGAAUGGAUCCUGCGCGCACUUCCUUUCUUCCUCGGCGCUGCAGGCGUGUUGCUCAUGGACGCAGCAGUCGGUCUGCAAUUCGUGUAUUUCGGGGAUGGGGAGCUGAAAGAUGCACGCGGCCGACCCAUCCUGCGGGACGACGAGAUCAUCGUGACGGUUGACGACCACGGGGUUCCGAAGCGGAGGAAACUCCAUUGGAGGAGGGUGAGCGGGUGGAUGCGCGGAUGGGCGCCUGCGGUUAGUGUCGCUGCGACACCGUCUGUUAGCAGAGCGACAACGCCUGCGCAGACACCGACACCACGCAAUCUAAGUCCGGCGAGUACUGAGGGCAGCAGGAGUCAGAGUAUACCGAUUCGAGGUGCGGGAGGGGCGUUGGACGAGGCGAGGGCGUUGUUGGGGACAUCUAGACAUGCGAGUCCGAGGAGUUAUGGGGCGCUUUCGAGUCCAAGAUAGAAGAGGUCUAAAGGGGGAAGAGGUGGAGUUGCAUUGCAUUUUUCGGGUCAUGAAGCAUAACGGAGCUGGCGUUAAGGUCAUCCUUUUUUGCGUCCUUUGAUUGACACCUUUGAGUUCCAGCAUGAGAUAUAUGAUAUAUGGCAUAGUAUGAGAUAUGAUAUAUGGC